AUGGCGACGGACGAUGAAGGAGGAUUGACCAGCGAGUUUUCAUACGUCUCUCGGAAACGCGUCUCCCAACAGACAGCCUGGGCCAAAAAGCCGUCCAAAUCCACGUGGCUCGGAAAGCUUCGUAGGACAGGGGAGAUCCAGGCCUACAAUAUGGCAGCACCUCACCAAGCGAACGGCAUUCCUAGCGCGGCGACAAUUCCCACACUGCCGAAAACAGGAUAUGGCAGCUGGCCCCAAGAAGCAGUAACACCACUACGCCGCCUGUACAAGGAGCUGCAUGCUCUGCGCGACGAUACCACCCGCAUCCCGAAGCAACGCAAGAUCGGCCCUGAAGGCACUGGUGGAGGUCAUUGA